UUUUUAUUUAGAUUUAGGUACAACCGUAUUAUUAGACACAGAUUUUGUGCGUUGAUGUCCAUGAAACCAUAUUCAUGCCAAUAUUGUUAAAAGUAAACGAAACUUUUGUUUCGCGUUAAACUACAUUUCCCAGCGCACCGCACAUACAGUCAGAUUGUAGUCCAGAAGCUGCUUUGUAGUCCGGAAGUGUUGCGUUCACUGUUUUGUGGUCGAAAAGCACGAAUGGGGUAACUAACGAUUACCCUGAGUUCUAAUCUAGUGACAGAUGGCGAAUAAAUCGGAUCCAGGCGCUGUUUGUAUCUGCUCUUUGUACGCGCGGACUUGUUGAUCACAGAGUAAGAAAUAAAGCACGCCAGGAUGGCAGAUGAAGGAUUGCAGAAGUGGACAGUUAUCGUGCUCACAUGUCAACAUAAAGACAGUGUCUAUGCCUUCCAGAGAGAGCUGGAGGUGCGUCAGAAGCGGGGGGUUCUCCCAGCAGAUGCCCUGCUGCUGACCGUUCCUGACCCUCACGCCCGGCUGGGCAGCGGCGGGGCCACACUGAAUGCCCUGCUGGUGGCUGCAGAACACCUGAGCGCCAGAGCUGGAUACAGCGUGGUGAACUCCGAUGUUCUGGAAGAAGCUCAUAUUCUCAUCCUUCACACGGGCAGAGAUUUCCCGUGGGACGGCUGCAGCAGGGCUUUCUGCUGGAUGCCCGUGCAGAGAUCGGAUGCCGUAGAGGGAUCUGUCUGCUGUUUAGAUCUGCUGUUGGACUGUCUGUCCUCAAAGAUUUGCGCCGGUUCUCCGCCAGGCGUUUGGGUGUGCAGCACUGAUAUGAUCCUGAAUAUUCCAACACCACGGCGGAUCUCAUGGGACGGGUUCUCGGGGGUGCGGGUUGUGGCGUUGCCAGGAGAUGUUGGUUUUGCUGUUGAUCACGGCGUCUAUCUCACCGAUGCAGAGGCCAGAAUAUGCAACAUUAUAUAUAAGGGCUCAAAGGAGACGAUCAGUUGUGCUGCACUGCCUGAUGGGAAAGUACCCCUGGUUUCCGGCCCGGUGUUUUUCUCCAGGACUGUGGCAGAGAAACUCUUACAGACUCAUGUCACAUCGCCACUGGAUGGCUGCACAUAUCUUGGCAUGGAUUCGGGAGCUCUGCCGCUUGAGAUAUCUCUUUUUCUGGAUAUUCUGCUGUGCCUUUGCUCUGACGUGACGGAGCAUGAAUACGUCAGUGGAGAGAGAAGCGGCUGUACUUCACCCUCCGGACCUCAGGGGGCGGUAGUGAGGAGCGGAAGAGCUGUGCUGUGGAGGACCCUCAGGGGACCCUCCAUCUCUAUGUUGUACAUUCCAGACGGUCAAUAUGAUUAUUUGACUCAGUUGGGUCGAGAACAUGUCCUCCGUCUGACAGAAACUGGAACUGAGACGAUGAUACUCUCUCAUAUCAAGGAUGCGAAGUCUGUGGCAGAAGGCAGCAGGGUGAUUAAUAGUGUGCUGGAAGGAGAUGUUCUUGUAUCAGCAGGAGCUGUUGUGCAGCACUGCCAUCUACAGUUACAGGGUCCGGUCCAGGUGCAUUCUGGGUGCCUGCUGUCAGGGCUUGAUUUGACCUCAUCAUCCCGCAUCCAGCGACUACCCCUGUCCAGUGACAUCAUCGUUCAGGGACAUAGGGUGACGCUGGGAGAGCUAAAGUUAACCGUGUUUACAGCUUUCGGAGCUCACGACAAUUUAGAGGCCUGCAGUGACGAUGUCAAUGCGUCGUUCCUUAAUCAAAAAUGGAGUGAUUUUUACAGUCGGACUGGAAUAAAGCCUCAGUAUCUUUGGACACCUGAGAGGACCGAGUCAUGCUGUCUGCUGGACGCCCGAUUGUUCCCAGUGUUCCUGCCGCGUUCGGGGCCCGCUGGACUAGAGGGUGUUUGUUGGCUCCUGGGCGGUGCUGGUGGUCUGGAAAGCUGGAGGGAAGCCUGGAGGCUCUCUCUCAGGGAUAUUCUCAUCCUGACAGACCAGCAGAUGGAGCUACGCUGGAGAGAAGAGCUGUUCUUCAGGGUGGGCCGAAGGAGAGCCGUAGACGCUCUGCGGGGUCACACGAAUCUCAGUCUGCUGCCGUUCUUCAGAGCAGCGGCACUGGCCGGCCAGCAGGAGGAGCUACUGCAGGUGCUGGACUCGGUGGCCGCAGGCAGCAGUGCUGAUCUGGGAGUAGCAGCUCGCUGUCUCGCCUGCAUCGCUGACGUCCUCGGCUGUCUGGCCGGAGAGGGUAAAGGUGGUUUGAGAAGUGGACCGGCGGCGAAUCCUUUAUGGGCUCCUGCUUUUCAGCUCCUAGAAGAGGGAAACUUACCUGCAGGUGUCCAAGAAUUGGCCAAUCAAAGAAAGCACUGGCUCGGCAGACCAGAUUUGUUGGUGAGGGCCGCCAGGCAUUACGAGGGGGCGGGACAGAUACUGCUGAGGAAGGCAGUGAUGUCAGCACGUGAGUUUGUGUUCAUUGGUCAAGGAGAGAUGCCGCCCAUGGGCGAGUGGCAGGAAGUGGAGUGUCCUGCUCGACUGGACCUGUCAGGUGGCUGGAGUGACACUCCUCCCAUAGCGUUUGAACAUGGUGGACUGGUGGUAAAUGUGGCCAUUAAGGUGGAUGGAAAGCGUCCGAUCGGAGCUCGAGUUCGCCGUGUUCCGGAGCCUCAUCUGCUGCUGGUCAGUAGCAGCGGUGAACCGGCCUGCAGCAUCUCCACAGAAACACUCUGUGAGCAUCUCGCUGACCUGGAAGACUACUGCCAGCCCCACGCUCCGGGUGCUCUGCUAAAAGCCGUGUGUGUAUGCAGUGAGCUGGUGUGUGUAUCGUCUCCUGUCUCUCUGAAAGAUCAGUUGUUAGAGCGCUGGGGAGGCGGACUGGAGAUCCACAGCUGCUCUUCACUGCCACAUGGAUCUGGUCUCGGCACCAGCAGUAUUCUGGCAGGUGCCGCUCUUGCAGCAGUGUACAGAUGCACGGGACGGAGCUACGACACAAACUCUCUCAUUCAUGAUGUUCUUUAUCUGGAGCAGAUACUCACCACUGGUGGAGGAUGGCAGGACCAGGUUGGUGGGCUGUUUGGAGGAGUGAAGCUGGCUCGAUCUGCAGCUCAGUUACCGCUGAGAGUGGAAGUAGAACAGCUCUCUCUGACUCCAGACUUCCUGUCUGUCCUGCAGCAGCAUCUUCUUCUGGUUUACACUGGAAAGACGCGUUUAGCGCGCAACCUGCUGCAGGUACCAGUGGCUGAUGGUGACUCAAUUAAUCAGAGUGUUGUGUUUUCACUGGAUCACUGUGUGUGUGUGCAGGACGUGGUGCGAAGCUGGUACGCACGUUUACCCUCCAUUGUACAGAACACAGAGCAGCUGGUGACCAAUGCAGAGGAGUGUGCCAAAGCCUGCAGAGACGAAUCUCUUGUCAGACUGGGACACUGUUUGGACACAUACUGGCAGCAGAAGAAGCUGAUGGCUCCAGGCUGUGAACCAGCGGCAGUGAGAUCCAUGAUGAAGGCACUUCAGCCGCUGAGUUUAGGACAGAGUCUGGCAGGAGCGGGAGGAGGAGGAUUCUUGUUCUUACUCACCCGUGAGCCGCAGCUGAAGGAAGCAGUAGGAGAGAUUCUCACAAACAUACAGGGCAUUGGUUCCUUCAGUGUUCAUUCAGUGGAGCUGGAUAUGGAUGGGAUCUCAAUCAUUCAGAAGAGCUCUGAACAUCCUGAACAACAGCAGAAGACAUAAACGAGUGCCUUGUAUAUCAGUUAAAUUGGUAUUAUUUCUGUAAAUGUAUCAUAUAUUAGUGUUUGCACUUAAUUUUUCUCUUUCCUGAAGCAUUGUAUUACAUAUGUUAAGAAACCAGAGAAGAUUGUCUUUUUUUUGCUAAAUUGAAUAAACUGUUAUUUUAAGAAAUUAGCCAUGUUGUACUGUUACUAUGGAUGAUAGUAUGUGAGUAUGGUAGAUAGCAGUCCUUUUCAAACUUUUUUUCCCCUCCAUUUUCAAAUCUCAUAUCACAUCAAGAGGGCUAUCGGUUAUCACCAGUAAAAUAUGGAGUGCAACAAGGAUCUGUCCUCAGUCCUCUACUAUCAUUAAUAUACACUUUGGCCCUUGGUAAUAUUAUUUGAAAAUAUGGGAUUUGUUUCCAUUGGAAUGCUGAUGAUGCUCAACUAUAUAUCCCAACAAGACCAAACUAAAUUUUUUAAUUAUAUAAAUAUACAGAAUUUAUAUAAAUUAACAGAGUGUGUAUUAUAUUGGAUGACCAAUAAUUUUCUCCUAUUAAGUUCCGAUAAGACAGAAAUAU